GUUGUACAUCGUGACAGACAGCGCAGUAGUGUGGAGUCCAAAGACUCUCGCGGCUAUUUAAUCGCACCGCCGGCUCGUCACUGCUUAUUCUUAACCUCAUGCAUUGAAAUGGUGAUCUUAUCUAAGGAACUUCAACCAAACGGCUCGCUCUGCCUCUUCUCCGGCUGAUUAUUAGUCGCCAUUGCGCAGUCAAUGUUAUUAAGAGUGUUUGCGCUCGCGUUGGUGCGCGUCGCUGCAGAUCAGUAGAGCACUAACGCUAGAGGUCUGUUUACACUGAGGACGCCUUAAAUUAAGCCUUAUCUCCAUAACCGACCCACAGAAGGACACUGACACCAUGUUUGAAACCAGAGGAAUCCCCUUUAUAUUGCUUGACGUCGCGUGCCUAAUACUCGCUGGCCUCCCGCUUGCAGCAUUUAACCUGGUUAAAAUCAAACCGUAUCAGCGGGGCUUUUUCUGUAAUGAUGAGAGCAUCAGCUAUCCCUUCCACUCCAGCACAGUCACCUCCACUGUGCUCUACACAAUGGGCUUCACACUUCCAAUUUGUAUUAUGAUCAUAGGGGAGUGCCUUUCAGUCUAUCUAAACCGCGUCAAAUCAAAGUCUUUCUGCAACAGUUAUGUGGCCUGUAUCUAUAAGGCCCUUGGCACCUUCGUGUUUGGUGCCGCCAUGAGCCAAUCACUCACUGACAUUGCCAAGUAUUCCAUCGGCCGGCUGCGGCCACACUUCCUGGAUGUGUGCAAACCGGACUGGACGAAGAUCAACUGCACAACAGGGGCUUACAUCGAGGACUUCAACUGCACUGGAGAUUUAACCAAGGUCAACGAAGGAAGACUCUCGUUUUACUCGGGACACUCCUCAUUCUCCAUGUAUUGUAUGCUGUUCCUGGCACUUUAUCUUCAAGCGAGAAUGCAAGCUGAAUGGGCACGGCUUCUUCGCCCCACACUCCAGUUCUUCCUGAUCGCCGCCUCCAUCUAUACGGGACUGUCCCGUGUCUCAGACUACAAACACCACUGGAGUGAUGUACUCGCAGGACUCAUACAAGGAGCCAUCGUGGCUUUACUAGUGGUUUUCUUUGUGUCGGAUUUCUUCAAAAAGAAAGUCGAACCACAGAAGGAGGCAGAGAUCCCACACACCACAUUACAAGAGACACCUACGAACGGAAAUCAUUAUGAAAACCCAAACUAAGCUACGAUGAGCCUCUGUGGAUGGGAAGGGGUUUCAGUGUGCACCCACUACGAGGGCAGACCACUAGGGUGGAAACCUGUGAAUGUAACCUUGCUUCAUGUUCUCCAGACGCUCUCCUCUGGGGAUUUCUUUAUGGACACUGUCCCACGUUGCCUUGGCUGGACUGCUUCUGCUGCUAUCACAGCUUCCUGUGUAUCUCUCCAAAAACUAAUAUUAAGCCACAAAAGAAAAACCUUUUUUUUUUAAUCUGUAUGAAAAAAAAAAAUCACUAUAUAUUCUUUUUUUUUUUUAUUAAAAUUGUUAAAAUUAUGUACAUUAUGUUGCGCUUUUAUGAUGGAAACAAAAACCCAUUAUGCUCGUUGACAAACACUAAUAAAACGGUUUCAUGUAAA